AUUAAGGAACUGACAAUUGGACGUAUUUAUGAACAGUGAUUAAUGAUUAGAUUGUUGAAUUUGGAAGUUGGAGAUGUCUACCCAGUAUGAAACAUCUGACCCCAAACCUCCUUCUGGAUCAGGGUCUUGCUUGUAUGAUCUCUUAUGUUCAGACACAACACCUUGGGAACGACCAAGUGAUGCAGAGAGUACAUGGUUCCUCAGAAAAGAAUGGAGAUCCUUUGGUGCACGAGCAAGGCUGGAGAGAAUGUUGGAAGAGUCCGGGAAUCGUGUUUGUGCAGAUUGUGGAUCCCCGGAUCCUAAAUGGGUAUCUUUAAGUCUUGGAGUUUUUAUUUGUAUCAAAUGCUCUGGUGUUCAUAGAAGCCUUGGAUCACAUAUAUCGAAGGUUUAUUCAGUGAAGCUAGAUGAAUGGACGGAUGACCAAGUUGAUUCUCUGGUAAAUUUGGGUGGCAAUAAUGUAGUAAACAAUAAGUAUGAAGCUGCCCUUCCUGAUAACCUUAAAAAACCCGGACCGGAUUCCUCCAUUGAAGAGCGCUCCGAUUUCAUUAGGAGAAAAUAUCAGAUGCUGCAAUUUUUGGAAGGCCAUGAAGAAACGGCCUGCUGCCAUCAGCCGCAACAUCCGACUUCUUCGUUGACAUUACAUAUUACUCCCAACCACCAUUGUAGUGAUAAAAAAGUUAGUGAGAAACAUGGCAAACAUCGGCACAAAUUUAGAAACAGCUGGGUAAGAAAUAGUGAUCCGCAGAAGAUGACUAAGAAGAUCAACUCAUUGGCAGGUAUGGUUGAAUUUGUUGGUCUGAUUAAAGUGAAUGUGGUUAAAGGCACCAAUCUAGCUGUCCGAGACAUGGUCUCUAGUGAUCCGUAUGUCAUUCUUGCUUUGGGUCAACAAUCGGUAAAGACUCGUGUCAUAAAGAACAACCUAAAUCCGGUCUGGAAUGAAAGCCUAAUGUUGUCAAUUCCAGAAAAUGUUCCUCCUUUGAAAGUGUUUGUGUAUGAUAAAGAUACUUUCAAGAAUGACGAUUUUAUGGGGGAUGCCGAGAUUGACAUUCAACCACUUCUUGCGGCAGCAAAAGCCUAUGAAAAGUCCGAGAUUAGUGAAUCAAUGCAGCUCAGAAAAUGGGUGGCAGACCACGACAACCACCUGAUAAAAGAUGGUGUCAUAACCUUAACAGAUGGGAAAGUGAAACAGGAGAUCUCUUGUAGCCUACAACAUGUUGAGAGAGGAAUGUUAGAGAUUGAACUCGAAUGUGUCCUCCUUACGCAAUAGUGGUCGUAAAUAUUCAGGUAACAUAUCGAGACGUCAAAACUUGACUCAUUCAACUUCGAUUAGAUAAUGUGAUUUAGGAAACA